AGCUCUCAUUUAAUAUUCUAAUAGUUUAUAAGUAAAGUAAUAAUAAAAUAUUGCAUAAAAUAUAUGAAUAAUAUUUUUAGUAAAAUAUAAAAAUUGCCAAAAAUGAUGAAUUUAUUUUAACUUAAAAGUUAUUUUAAAACUACCUAAAAACCUACUUAUACUAUUGGAAACUUAUCUUCAUAACCGAUUUUGUAAUAAAAGAUUGGGGAAACUUAGAUAUCUAUUGUUAAAAAUGAUCUAACAAUGGAAAAUGUUGAUGCGAUUGUAAACGCUGCUAAUAACUUUUUAGCACAUGGAGGAGGAGUUGCAGGAGCAAUUUGCAGAAAGGGAGGAAGAAUUAUACAAAAUUAGAGUUAUGACAUAAUAAAAAUAAGAAAUAGAAUUGAAAAUGGAGAAUCAGUCACUACUGAAGCUGGACAACUUCCUUGUAAAAAAGUUAUUCAUACAGUAGGACCUAUUUGGGAAGAUGGAGACAGUAAUGAAAAAGAAGAGCUAGCUAAAUGUAUGGAAACAAUUUUAAGAGAGGCUAAAUUUUAUAAAUUAAAAUCUAUAUCUAUACCAGCCAUAUCUUCUGGUAUAUUUGGAUUCCCUAAAUAUUUGUGCGCCAAAAUUUUGCUAGAAGAAACUUAAAAGCUAUUGAAGUAUGAUUACUCUAAUUAAUUUGAAGAAAUAAGAUUCUGCAACUUUGAUAACGAAACAGUUUAGGUAUUUGCUGAAGAGUUUUAAAAGCAAUUUUAGAAUAAAGAACCCUAGUAGAUUGAAUAGCAAAGCAAAAAAAAAAAAGAAAAUAAUUAAAAUGAAGGCCUAAACGAAGAUUUUUAGGAAGAACAGAAAGAUAAUUUGAAAAACUUAGAGAAACCAAAAAUCUAAGACCAAGAUCUUUCGAAUAAUAAGGAAAAGCAAGCUUAGAAAUCAUAGGAAGAAAAUGAAAUUAAGAAAUAAGAAAUAAAAGAAUACAAAGAUAAACAUAGUGAAAUUUAAAAGGAACAAAAAAAUGAAAACCUUGAAAAAUUAUCAAAACAAAAAGAGUGGAUUAUUAAAGAUGCUAAAAAUAAUAUCUCAUAAAACCCUAGCUAUGUUAAAUAAAAUGAAGGAGAUCAAGCAAUAGAUGCUUAAUCUUAGUAGUCCUCAUAAGUAAAAGGCCAAUAGAAUAAGGUACAAAUACUAUACAAAAAAAUUUGA